AUUCUCUCGCCCCUUCUUCUAGUUACGGUAGAUUCCAACGGAGGAUCGUAGUUAUUUAGUGGGUGCUGGAUCCUGCUCCUGCGCUGCAAGCUGUCUGUAGUGGUGGCGCUGCGACGAUUCAUGAAAACCUAUAGGGAUUUUUAUGAAAAUUCAACAACAUGUCACAGUUUGAAGCAGAAAAAACUCCAAAGAAUGGUUUCAAGGAUCCUUAUAAGGAACAGAUUGACGUCCUUAUGCCAGGCCUUGAAGACGAAUGGAAAAAUCAGGCCAAGCGAAAUAACAAGAUGACGGAAGAGAUUCGAACGCUUCUAUCUAUUUCGGAUAACCCAUAUAUUGUAUGUUUGGAUGCCAUGCAAUGUUGCUGGGAAUUCUCGAAGAGUCGGGCUGGACAAACGCUAUGUCAUCAAUUUCUUCAGGUAAUAUUAGAGCUCCGUCAAGUAAACGAUCCAUCUGUAAGUGUCGAUAAACUGACGGACGAGGUCAAAAUGACGGCACUUGAUACGAUCAUCAAACAGGCAAAUCAGUCACUGGUUGAUCUCACUUGCAAAACAUUCUUGAUCGAUCGAUCAUGUGCAACAAUAUUUCGGCCUGUUGUGACGGACCUAAUUGCCAAAAAAUUCUUUGUUGAGGCGGCAAGCGUAGUGAAUCAGUUAGGGUUGCGCGAAGAGUUUGUUGAAGGUUUGGCUAUACCAUUACUUCUGCUGGACAAAAUUCCAUUGCUCGAAGCAUGCCUUGAGGGAGUGCCUGAAGUACAGAAGGCUGUCAUUCGGGGAUUCGAUGAUGUUUUUGAGGAUUCGAAUAAAAUGCAGGGAAUAAUUAAAAAACUUACUCUCAAGACGGAUAAAAAGGGAGACCAACAUUUAUGGAAGAUGAUGUCUAAACUGAUGACUCGGCUAUUGAAAAAGUAUGGACUGCCAGCUGAUCUAUGCCCACGUCUACAGCUUAGCCGAAAUAGAAUUACCCUUCGUUACAUGCUGCAUAAAAAGUAUCGCGAUCGAGACGUUGCCGAGUCCUCGUGGCGCGAAAUGGUUUACGAUCAGGUGUCCAAUUUCCGCGUACUUCACACUGAACUUAUGCGCGAACUGGUGAACUACGACGAUCUGAAGACCGCUCACUUCUUCGCUCUGAAACUUGGCCUACCUCGGAACCUCUAUCCGGGCAGAUUGCAUGAAUACGUCAGAUCGUUACCACCCGGAGCUCCGUCUCCGCUGGAAGAAAACGAGUCUGUGAACAAUAAUUAUCGUAAUAACGAUGAGCGUGCCGGAAACUAUCUGCAACUCACCCUGGGAUCGGAUCAGAUCAAUAUGGUGCAAACAAGAGACGAAUUUUUGUCAGCUGUAAAAAUGCUUUCUGAAGCGCCCUUGAUCGGUGUCGAUGCCGAAUGGAAACCUGCGAUGGGUUUUAUGCAACAAACACGACUUUCACUGCUUCAAAUGGCGACUCACGAAAGAGCGCUUCUGUUCGACGUAUUGGCGCUGGUCGAUGUCAUCUCGAAAGAAGAUUGGGAGACGUUCUUCCGAAGUGUUUUCGAGAAUUCAGAUGUCACCAUACUUGGUUAUGGACUCGCUGAGGAUAUUAUCAAGCUCGAGCGAUUAACGACAGUACAGAUCGAGAGUCGAAACCUGGUUGAUCUUCAUUUGGUGCAAGCAGCGCUCAUGAUCUCGCGGUCUGAUCUGAUGACACCUAAGGUACCACCGCCACGAUCAGGAGCGCCACAGGCGCAGAAUACAGGACUCAGUAGACUAACCCAGACUUUGUUGGGCUAUCCUCUCGACAAGGCCGAACAAUGCAGCGAUUGGGAAAACCGACCGCUUCGAACAACGCAGAUCAACUAUGCAGCGUUAGAUGCGCAUUGUCUCCUUAUGUGCUGGGACGAGCUGGCGAAUCGCUGUCGGCCGGAGAAUCUGGCAGAGGUCGUGCAGCAAGCUUUGAAAGAACGUGAACAACCCGAGAAUCAGGCAGAUGGAAAUCAACAUUCCCCGCCAAAACAGAGCGCGAACGGACAUUAUCACCAGGAUAACCAACGGCACCAUCAAGCUGCACAUACAGAUAGUCGCGGUGCGGGAGCUUUUCGAGGCAGGUCUCGAGGUAUAGGCGCCAGACCUGCUGCUCAUGCUGCAUCUCGUUCUAGGUCGUAUCAUCAUAAUCAGUUCCCUUUAGUGGCCAGUCUCGGUGUGGGUUACACGGAACACUCCGCAACAGCCUUUCAACAAGGUGAGAACGGAAAUGGGGCCCCACCAUGGAGACAAGGCGGUUCUGGGGGAUCGACUGCUAAAAAUGGAAAUUGGCGAAAUAACAGACACUCACAGCAGCAGCAGCAGCAGCAGCAGCAACAACAACAGCAAAAACAGAAUCAACAAAAUCAACCGCAGUAUCGCAUCGGAGGCAGUCAGGAUUGGCGGAACGGAGGCAGUCAGGAUUGGCGAAAUGGCAUCCAGGAAAAUAGAAGGUACCCGUCGUUAGCUGGUGGGAGCGGCUACGGAGCAGCUCCAAUGGACUAUAGCGAUGAAGUUGGCGGUCAACAGGUAUGUCGACCUUAUUACGGCAAUCAGCAUCUGGCGCACCAACAGCAUCAGCAACACCAACGUUAUCAAUACACCAACGAUGCUGGAGCCAGCUCUGGACAGUACAACGCACACAAAUCAGUUGAAGCGGCUGGGGAGCUGCGAUUUAUACUGUACUUGGGCAUUCACGACCUACAGUAUCUAUGUAUACCACAAACUGCCGUGCCAAAAAAACACAUGCUAACGGAAACGACAACAAAAACAUGCAAAAAUCAUCUGAAUGCGUACAAAUUGGACAGAAACAAAGGAAAUAUAUAUGAUGUAUAAGAACUACGUGACGAGUGACUUGUAUGAAACUUCCAACAAUGGACAAAUAAUGUUAUAGGAAUUGUAGAAACAAGCGUGUCAUUAUUAUUAUUACUAUCCUUAUUAUGGCUAAAGUAUGUGCGCGUAUUUAUAUAUAAUAUGUACAAGUUUUCUGAAAUUGUCCAUUAUUUAAAAGUAGGUAAAGAGAGAAAGCAAAAGAGAGAUCAGCUUAUCUUUUGAUGACAUUGUUUUUUUACUCAAUGUCGAUUGCCACGAUUCCAUGUUUCGUUUUCUGUGCUCUUAGAAUAACCUAGAGUUUUAACAUUAGCAGUAUUUAAUUCGUUGGUUUUUCGGGAUUCGCUGUUUUUUAUUGCGACUGUACAGACAUAAUAAUACUUAAAGAUAUUAACGACAACUCACAGUAAUUUUUUUCCUGUUCUCUUUCCUAUAUUAAUUUAUUUUUUAUUGUUAACUAUUAGUAUUAAAUGGUGCGCGAACGGAAAUAGUACGUUGAAUUUUAUCGGUGAUGCUGCCUACAGCGUGUAUGAUUCCAUUGUAGCUGCUGAAUACUGUAUGUCUUCAUCGGCGCGCUAAGGCUUGGUUGUCUCUCAGAUAUUGUCUCGAUUUAAAAUGAUUUCCAGUGGACGACUCAUAGCCAAACAUCUAUUAGUGUAUGACCUGGUCUCCUUUAAGCAUUAUCGUCAUCAUAUAAAUUUUAAUAUAUAUGUCCUCUGGAAGGCAGCAUGGGUUUUCCAAUGAUAAUAUUUAAAAUUUGGGUAGUAUACAUAAAUAAUUAAUAAUGAAUAAACGGUAUUUUGCUCCAAAAAUGUACCCAUUAUUGUAGCGCAAUCACAGCAUUACUUUGAGACUAACAUUCGAUAAUUUCUUUAUUUACUAAAGCAAACAAAUGAUUUUAGUUGUUUUUUACUAUUUGUUAAGAGCGACUAGGAAGCUAUUAUACUAUAUAGUAACAACAAUGUUAUAAAGAAAUUCUGCAAAACGUGUUUAAACGAUAAGCAUGAACUUUGUAAAAGUCUUCUCGUGUCCAAGACCCAGCAACGGAUAGAAAAGCAUAGUGGAUGAAGACUGCAUUUAAUUCAAUGUUUGAACUCCGAUGAAGUGAUUACAGACAGGGAAGCAUUCCCUAAUCCUCAGACCAAUGACACAUACAAACAGACAACAAAAUGGCACAAAAAGACAACAUUACCGCUUACGGCGUGUACUGGUUAUGCUUUGGCAAGGCAAUUGUAUGCUGUAUCGCAGAGGCAUAUGAUAACGACCUUGUGCAAUACCAGGCGAAAACGCGCUUUAGGUCAAGAACAAGCAUUGCUUUCGAGAAGAACUUUUUCGUAGCCAUGCUUGCUGCCCGACGACCAGACUGCGACAGUUUUCGCUUCAAACAUCGCCGUACCAUCUUGUCAUCUAAUGUAACCAUAUAUACAACUAUUACUAAUAUUCAUACGACGACUUCUAUUAUUACUUUAUUAUUAUUUAGGGCGAGGCCAAUCGAGGGGCCGACUGGCGGGGAAUUGAUUGAUAUUGGUUCAAUUUAGCUGUUUAUAUUAUAAUAGGUAGGUGACGAGUAAUGACGAUGUCCAUUAUGUGGUAACAACUCCUAUAUAGUUAAAUACAUUAUAUAUGGUUCGAGUUCGAAAUAACGUGGGAGAGAAAUAAGUAUAUAUGAAUGAAAUUUACAAUAAUAAAUGAGAAACACAUGAUGAUGCAAGGACGUGCGGGUCGGAACAGAACCGAUUGUGGUGUCAUUAUAUUAGAACCAUGCCAUGGUGAUACAAGUGUGCAGGAUCCGUGUACUAUGGCCAGAUGAUCGAUACAUAAUUGAUUGAUUGACAAAUAAAGACAAAAGCUUUGUCGCAUAGUUACUAUCGUUUAAGGAAAUAGUCAACUGUGUUCGUUCGUGUUGUGUCUUUGUAUUGACUUAUAUGCGUAGUUCGAAUACAUAAAGGAUUUGCCAGAUAGCAACAAACGAUCCAAUUGUCCGGUAGCCAAAGAUUUAUCGUUAACUUAUUGGGAUACAAUAGAAAACUUUGUAAUAUAUUAGUUUAAGCAAUGCGCUAUCAGUGUAAAUCUUAAUUUAGCCAUAAAGCUCAUAAUGAUAAUAUUUUCAAAUCAACUGAGCGGCGGUAACUUGGUCGCUGCGGGCGGCCGAUUGCAUUGCGUUUUGCGGAUUUAAGUUACUAAAAACAGCACAACGUAUUCGUAUUCAGAUUUGUGGAUGCCUGUUUUCCGUGCUAUUUUAACCCAUUUGCAUAUGUUUAAUACUCUACUUGUUCACAAUUUUUUCUUAAUCUAUCAUUCUAUUGGCCUACCGCCCUUGUCCCCAAAGCCAUUUUUGUUUUUUCGAUAAAACCUUGAUUUCAUUUAAUGAUAUCUAUUGACAGUAUACUGCCACAAUACCACUUGCUAUAACCUGUUGGAUCGGCAUUCUCUAAUUACAACGCUUGCUGACCAAAAAAUCAUACACAUGCUUUAACUAUAUUGUAAUUUCAGUUCGAUCCGACAGAUAACUCAAGUCCUGUUCGCCUAUUUGAAUUUGCCAAAUAGCCUCAAUUGAGUUUUGGCCGAGUUAGUUUGCUUAUUGCUUCAUUGAUUUUACUAGUAUACGAUGUAGCGAGAUUUGUUUUAUGCUUCUGUUGUUCUGUUUGUUUCUCUCAGUUUCUGAUUUUUCUCACCAUUUUUUUUUU